ACUGGCAUUUUUUUCACCUAACAAUCAGUAAAAACCGAUUUCUCGAUAACUUCUUUUCAUUUACUUGCAAUCUUUUUAGACCAAGGGUCAUCACUGGUCAGAAAAGUCAGCAAGUAAGAAAAUCGGCCGUGAUCACAACUGGACCUGUUGACGAUCUUGCAACCGAUCAAACAGAAGCACUAAAUGCAGAUUACACAGGCAUGAUCAACGAACUCCGACUAAGACUACCAAGCCUCACAUCAAGCGACGAGAUGACAGCAUUGGCUGCCGAAAUCUCAGGACGCCGACGCCAUCUCUUUGAUCUGGAAGAGGAGCAGCAGCGUCGCAUGAUACAGUUGGCACAGCGAGAAAGACAGCAGAUCCAGAAGGAGACAGAGCUGUUGGCUUCAGAAUGUCAGGAACAGAUGGAAAAACGAGAAGAACUAGAAAAGUGUGUUGUAAUGGCAUAUUUAAAAGUUGCAAGGAAUUCUGGGAAGCAUUUAAUUUCUUAUUUAGACUCCUACAAAGUAUAUACGAAGAAAAUUUGGGUUUUUACGAAUCUUCCGAGAAAGGAUUGUUGUGAAGACUUUUACUUCAUAUGGAAGUACAUUAUGAAGAGAUUGGUAGGUAACUCUCACCAGAAGAUGCCGGCUGACUGUUAUUGUACUGUAGCCAUUUGA